UGCAACAGCUCCUCGAAGCCGGGGGUGGGGACGGAGGGAGAGGCGAGGGGAGGGGAGGGGGGACCCCGGGUUCAGCGGUUUAAAGUGUGGGAUUCGAGGGAGCCACCGUGCGGAUCCCGCGGUGUGGGGGACCGAGACCCGCGGCGCCCGCCGCGGCCCCGGCGAGGGCGCGGGCGGGGGCUCACCUGUGUGGUCCCCCGGCUGCCGCCCGCCCGCCCGCUCGCGAUUCCCUCCAAAGCCUCAGAAAUCUCAGUGCUCUCCGCGUGUGGCAACGUUGUUUGGAGAAAGGUAGCGCGGAGGCCGCGCACUCCUGCUCCUCCCCCUCCGGGUCCCCCACCCCCCGCUCCCAUGCCCUCCCCACCCCGCCCCCCGCCGCCCCCCUCUUCGGACGGGGCGCGCGACCGCUCGCCCGCCGGAGCAAAACUUGGAGCAGCCUCCCGGGGCCUCUGGGAAGAAACUUGGGGCCAUUGGGACUGAAGGCAGCAUCCCAUUCUCGAUCCUGGAGCCCAAGAGCUGCCAGGGCGUCUGGAUCCUCGGGGGCAGGAGAAAAGCGCUGGCCGGGUUUGGAGAGUCCUCCUCGGGGGCACAGAGAGAACCUGCCGCAGUGCCUGGAGCAAGGAUUGCAGCGAGGCUGGAGGCGGAGAGCGCCUUAGGCAACUGCCUGCAGCGUUAGGGACUCAAGCCGUGUGGGGACGGAGACUGAUCCCUGGACCUGGACCCUUGGGAUUUACUUAACAUUUCAGAGUGGCUUUCUUGGAGAUGGCAGAUAAUACUUGGAAUUGCCAUAGCUUCUUUGGCAGAUAUCAGGGAGAAUCUUCUGCUUUAAAUCUUACAGCAAAACACAGUAAUAAUAGAUGGAGAACAUGUAAACUGGACUUAUUUUUAAUAAGUCAGGUUAAACGGAAAUUGGAAAUUGCACACCUUCUUGGAUUUCACUAAAAUAAACAUUUUAUACUGGAUUUUUUACUAGCUCAGAAUGUAUUUUUUCACUAGCAUCACCUAAGAUACUCUAAAUAUAUUGAUUAAAUUCUCACGAGAGUCUGGUAUUUGGGGAGAAGUGUAUUAAUGGUAUUCUGAUUUCAUUUACAUUUAGUAUCUAAUUAUUAGGCAAAAUCUAGUAGGGGAACAGGGCAGUUGUUCAUUAUAGGUUUUUCCACUGGACACUUUUGUACCUUUUUUUUUUUUUUUUUUUUUUUUUUUAGUGUUUUCUGUAUGAAUUUGAGCAGCAUUUUUAUAAGAAAUCCAUCUGGAUGAUAAUCCACCUAACCGGAGGGAAGACUUGCUUUUAGAGAACAAAACAAUCUGAUCACAUUAACAUCUCCAAAAUUUGGCAAAUUACUGUUUUUUUAAAGAGAGAGUGGACAAAUGAGUUUCUCCUGGCUUGAAUCAUGGAGUAUGUUAGUUGACUUGAGCCUGUUAACAGAAAUCUGAAAUGAGAUGUUUGAUUAAACUCCCUAGAGAAACUGAUAUCUCAAUUUCUACAGUCAGUGGGGUCUGCAGCAGAAGUAUUAGAAGAAAACAGCCUAAUGUACUAUUGUAGGUUCAGUAAAGAUAGACUUUAAGGAACAGUUGGCUUUCAUGAAGGAGAAUGCAAGUGUAAAAAUCUUAGUGUGAAUAACAAAGCAAAGUAGCUGCUAAGACCACAAAAUCUUGUCAGAUAUAAAACAUGCUAUUGUUUUUUCACUGCAAAGUUUCUAAAUUAAAACCCAAUCUUCUGGUUGCUAUGGGCACGGUGAUGCCUUUUUUUUUUCUUUCUUUCUUUUUUUUACCUGUAGUUUUGUCUACACACAGAUUCUUAAGUCUCUGAUAAUGGAAACCUGAGUUGAACAGCCCUGGCUAAGUAACAGAAUAGACAUAAUAAUGGGGACAAGACUAUGAAUGGAUUUUGCUACCUUAAAUAUACCUAAAGGAAAGUAGACAUUUUAGGAUAUCUUAUAAAAAUCGAUACUCUGUUGUAUAGAUUGUGUAACACUUUGGGGUUAAAUGAAAUGUCAGGAGCAGAAUCAUAUUCUCAAAAGGUGAAUUUCUUUCAGUGUGUGUACAUGGAGAACAGAUGUGCAGCUGUGUGCAGAUAGGUUUCUAACUAUGCAGUUGAAAAAGAUGGUAAAAUUUUGGGGUGAUUUUAGAUAUCCCACUGUGUCUAGGAAUUUCGUUCCGUAGCUAAGGGACACUUAAAACUGGUUCAAUUUUCAGUUAUGUGGGAUAACCCAGUUGUCAUCUGAAUUCUUAAUAGUGCUCUCUUCAUUUUCCUCAUGAUGCUGAGACUGAACAGUAAUCAUUACCCCAACCCAGAAUUUGAUCAUGGCUAGGGACCAGCCAUUGGGAUGGGGGAGAAAGAGACAAAAGAAAUUGGAAGGGAGGCUGGUGUUAAUUAGGAAGGUCUCUGCUGCCUGAAUAUGAUAAAAUCACAUGUUCACUUAUGAUGUUUACUAUAUGUGGAAGCUCCUAUUUGUAAAUAGGGCAGGUCCCCUGUAUAAAGCUGGUGUUAUUAUUCACACCCAUAGAACAAACACCUCCACCCCCCUGUUGUUGUCUUAAAAAACUCCAGCUGCUCAUGAAUAUAGGGUCAGGGAGGGCCGGCUAAAUGUUUCUCUGUGCUUGCUCUCCAGUACAGCCAGCAGAGCUGUUUCCUGUUCUUUGUUUCAAGGCUGGGGUUUGCGUCAUACAUUCCAAGUGGCAUAUGUGUGCUCUUUCCUGUUUCAGGCUGUUUUCUGGUAGAUCAGUAGCCCAGACCAGGCCGUGGUCCCUGCCCCUAAACUCCCGAUCCCCACCCAGGGAGUUACCAUGUCUCUACACACUUAUGAUUGCUUAAGAUCCCUGUGUUAUGUCAUAAUGAGGAGUCAGUUAACCUUUUUACAUAUACCCUUUGCUCCAGUGUGUUUCUAUGAGUGAAUAAAUACUUGUACCUUUUUACAUUUAUCAUGGCCAGAUUGCAAUUUGGAGACGUUUGUGUACAGAUCCGCCAGAAAUCUGAAGGAGGUUGCAUUUGUUUUUCAUUUCUUGUUUUGAGGUGGGAGGCUGUUUGUUUGGAGAUGGGCAUUUUGCCCUGAAGCUGUCAAUUUUGGAGGGGGAAUUACCACCUAAGAGUUUAGACGACCUAGCUGUUCUCUGAAGGAUGUGGCCCACCCUUGUUCGCAAGGGAACACUGGAGCUCUAGGCAGAGGAGGCUUCACUGGAUGGAGAGUCCAAGCUGUUUUGGCAGACUAGGCUUUUAGAAAAAGUGUUGAAACAAAACAUAAGAUAUAUUGAGAAAGUCCCAGGAUCAUUUCUUUUAAAGACAAAGCUAUAAGCGCUAGGAUAAUUUUCCUAAGGACAAAGAUGUAUUCUACAUCUGAUCUCCGGCCUGUUUGAAGAAUAAAAAGCCCAGAGAAAGGGAGAACUGGAAAUGAGAAAUUCAUUUUAAUGAUAGUUUGGAAAAGUUUAAUCUUAUAUUUUGAAAACAGAAGGAAAACACUCUUGUUUUUACUGUUUUACAACGCCAACUUUCUCAUAAUCCCACUUUUUUUUUUUUUUUUUUGUAUAUUCUGUCAGUUGCGGGAGAACACAUUUCUGGGUUAACUCUUCAAAACCUACUAAAUUUUUCUGUGGGUUCUUCAGAAACUAAGUUUUAAAGAAGUAGUUGGAUAAGAAAACUAACCUGCAGGUUUCUUUUUAAACUUACUUUUGGGUUUUCUUAUAACAUCUAAAGGAAUUAUCUACAAUGUUCUCUGAUGGAAUUAAUUCAGAAUUGCUAAGGCAGCAAAUCAGACCCUAUCCUCCCCAAAACUGAUGUUAAUAGUACUUUGGUUUUUAACUUCACAUGCCACUGCAUUCUUUCUUUAUGUAUGAAGGGAAAUAUAUAAUAUGAUGUUAGGAAAGCUACUAGAAUCAAAUAGAAGGCUAUUGAUGACCUUCCUUGAAAAAAGAUGGGAGUUCUGGAAGCUUUCAAUAACAUUUUUCUUUCUCUUUUGGGAGAAGCGAACUUGAAAUAUUAAGUUGACUUGUAGCAUAAGAGGCCUUUAAACCAAAAUUUGUAAGUAACCCAAAUUGAAGCAACUUUUUAAAUUUUAGUUCCAAAGCUGUUAACAAUGCAACUAGAUUUAAGCUGACAAUUUUUAUUUGGCUUAUUCCAGCUUCAUUCUUGCCUCCCCAUUUUGGGGAAAAAAGGGAGGAGUUUGGCUAAUAGACAUGAUUAGGGUCUAAUGUAUUUUAUCAGGAAAAGAAGAAAAAAACUUUGCAAGCUUUUAAGUACUAAGCUGAACAAUUUGGGAAAAUUAUACCAGUUGAUAGUUACUGUAAUUACAAAAGGAAAAAAUGGGAAUAAUCAUUUUAUUUCUUGACCAUGCAAAUCAUUAUUCCUAAUUUAAUUCAAUUUUAUUUCCAUCUCCCCUUUAGAUGCUUGCCUUCUUAAUAUUUCCAAGUCAAUAUUUUUGCUGUAAAGAACAGCUUUCUUAGGUCGUACUUCUUACUCUGUUUUUUCACACCAGUUGUGUUUAAGAAAAAAUAAAUAUAAGCAUCCUUUUCCUUGAAAUACUAGGAAUUACAUUAUUCUGGAAAUUGGGUUUCUUUCUGAAGUGCUUCAUAUUUACUGGUUCUAGGUUUCAAAAAAAAAAUCCCUAGAGGCAUAAAACCAUUGAUAUCUGAUUUGCUAAUGUGUAAUGUUCUGGUCAAAAUUCAUCUUAGAGUGAAUUGCAGGAGGAUUGUGGUGCUUUUUAGCAUUCUCAUUUUCAAGCCUGAUCUGUCCCUUUCUUAGACCCCAGUUCUCAUCUGAAGCGGUAAUGCCAGAGCUCGAGACAGGAAACCAGACAGCAGUCUGCCCUGAUAAGGGAGAGCAUUGUCUAAAGGAGGUAGCUUUGCCCCCCGCCCCCCCCCAACUCUCCUUCCUUGAAAUUUGGUAGUAAUGAAAAAGAGACACUAUGCUAUAGACACAGUUCUGCACCCUAACUGGGACUGUUUUCUCCCAAAGCAAAAGUAUCCUUUUAAUUGGAUCUAUGCUUUUUCUGGAAUCUUACCUACCAGUUCAAUGGAACAUUAAAAAUAUAUAUAUAUUAGGAUCCGUAUAUUUUGUAUCCCUUGGUCAGGGUGUUCAAUAGUAAAGUUCAUUUUCUAGCAAAACAGGUUCCUGGAGCUUUUUGAAACUCCUUCUAUUGUGCUGGCAGGCUGAAUACAUUAUCAUUUCCUCCAUCUAAUUAUUAAGGGGAGCUGGAGACCGAAUGUGGCAAGUUAAGUGGCCCUUCAGCCCAUGCAUUCCGAACAAACCUGGGUCUAACUCUUACCCUGAAUUUUAGGAAGGGGGUGCUUUCCAAGGUAGCCCCCUGACCCAGAGGACUCUCAAGAGAGCCCAGCUUAGCCUGGGACAUGCUUAAGGGGGUUACCAAUCUCUGGAAGGCCUGGGGAUCUCCAGGGAUGGCCUGGGGCUAGUCUCAAUCCAGAUCAGUGGAGUUUGGCCAAAUCUAGACAUAAGAGAUCAAGUGGACACUGAGGGCAGUGCAUUCUACCCUGGAGAGCGACCUGUGAACGAACUGUGGGUUUUUUCUCCUUUGGCCUGUACACCUUCUGUCUACUAACCUCUGUGCUUCGGUCUAAUCACUGAAAUACACUCCUUCAGCUCUUCUUGUGCUUUAUAUCCUGCUACCUUCCAAAGCUUUGCACCCUAAAACUACUUUCCUUACCAACUUCAAGUUCCUAUUCUGCUCCUUUCUCCAAACAAGGAAGAUUUUCCUCUCCCGAGCCUCCCAAACUUUUCACACUAACUUUGCGUUUUAGGGUUUAGAAGAUGAUCUUCAUGCUAGCUAGCUUCACUGGCCCCUGGCAAGUUUCACUAGUAUGGCACCUGGUAUACAAUCAUUGCAAGGCCCUUGCCCUUCUUUUUAUCCUCACGUGUAAGAAGGGUAGUUUGACAUCCAUUCAUUUAUUCAUCUCAUAAGUAUUUAUUGAGCACGUACUCAUUAGGGCUAAUCUCAAAUUAUGUGCAGUCAUUAUUAUUAGUUAUGCCACAGGAUGGAGUAUGUCCCGAGUGAUCUAACCUGAAAAGGCAUUUUGAAAUCUUAAUUACCCUCUGGAACCUCCCCACGGCACUGCCUAACCUGGGCCAGCAGGCACUGCACACAUCCCAUACCCUCUGUUACCCGGGGAGUGACCCCAGUGUGAGAUGACUGCUUAAAAAAACCCUUCCCAUGGCCCAGACUCUAAAGCAGAGCAGAAAGUGCCCUGAGUCUGCAGGCAGGCAGAUGCGUUCCUGGUCUUGGCUACAGCUCCAACCAGCUCUGCAAAUUUGGGCGAGUCAUUUCACCCCUGUUCCUCCAAUUUCCUCAUUCCUAAAAUGGGGGUGAGGGCCUGACCCUUCCGCCUUUGUACAGCUAUUAUGAUGGUUUCCGUAUUUACUUGGGUAAAGCUGCCAGUUUUUUUCCGAGCAGUUUUAUGGACCAAUUGCAGGUGCACUGGCUAGGAAGAAUAAUAGCCUAGUUUGGGGCCUUCAGAAUGUGUCUUUUGAUCUUAUGUCCAAGCGUGCACACUAAGACACUGGGUCAGCAGCAGGGGCCGGUUGAGAGGAGUUGAGUCGCCACUACUAGAACUACUGGGUCCCUGCAUUCCACAUCCCCUGUGGACAGAUGUGUUCGAAGGAAUCGCUAGCCCAUGAUCGCUGUUUGUGGUGUAAUGUUGUACUCUGCCUGGGGAGGGAGCAGAGUAGAGUGCCAAGUUCACCACUUUUGAAGUCAGACUGUUUAGGGUUCAAAUCCUGGCUGUACAACUUAGCAGCUGUAUGACCACGGGCAGAUUGCUUUACCUCUCUGUUCUGUUGUUCUCAGAAGUAAUGGGAAAAUAGUACCCACCCACCUGAUAGGCACUCAGUGACACAGUCCAUGUAAAGAACAGCACCUGGAGAUUCAGUCAUGAAGAUGGUGAUCAUCCUGUGAUGGCAGGAAACCUGUGACAUCACCUAGCCCCUUGCUUUCCUUGGUCAAUAGAAGUAUCCUUAAAAAACCUACAAACUCUCUCUCCCUCCCCCUCCCUCCUCACGCAAUAUUGCCUCUUCCCUCCCUCUUUUUUUUUUUCCUCUUUCUUUUUUUUCCCCCCUCUUCUAUUCUAGGUUUUAAAACAGAGGAUGAGAGACCGUGACACUCGAUUUGUUUAGAAGAUCUCCCUGGGCCAAACACCAGAGCACCCUAGAAAGCUUAACUAAAAGAAUGCUCAUGUUUGACCCAGUCCCUGUCAAGCAAGAGGCCAUGGACCCUGUCUCCGUGUCAUACCCAUCUAAUUACAUGGAGUCAAUGAAGCCCAACAAGUACGGAGUCAUCUACUCCACGCCGUUACCUGAUAAGUUCUUCCAGACCCCGGAGGCCCUGUCUCACGGGAUGCAGAUGGAGCCAGUGGACCUGACCGUGAACAAGCGGAGUUCGCCGCCCUCUGCAGGGAAUUCUCCUUCCUCACUGAAGUUCCAGCCCUCGCACCGGAGAGCCUCGCCUGGCCUGAGCAUGCCUUCUUCCAGCCCACCGAUGAAGAAGUACUCGCCGCCUCCCCCGGGCGUGCAGCCCUUCGGCGUGCCGCUGUCCAUGCCCCCGGUGAUGGCCGCCGCCCUGUCCCGGCACGGCAUCCGCAGCCCCGGGAUCCUGCCCGUCAUCCAGCCCGUCGUGGUGCAGCCGGUCCCCUUCAUGUACACCAGCCACCUCCAGCAGCCGCUCAUGGUCUCUUUGUCGGAGGAGAUGGAAAACUCAAAUAGCAGCAUGCAAGUACCUGUAAUUGAAUCCUAUGAGAAGCCUAUAUUACAGAAAAAAAUUAAAAUAGAACCUGGGAUUGAACCACAGAGGACAGAUUAUUAUCCUGAAGAAAUGUCACCCCCUUUAAUGAACUCAGUGUCCCCCCCGCAAGCACUGUUGCAAGAGAAUCACCCUUCAGUCAUAGUGCAACCGGGGAAGAGACCUUUACCUGUGGAAUCUCCGGACACCCAGAGGAAGCGGAGGAUACACAGGUGUGACUAUGACGGAUGCAACAAGGUGUAUACUAAAAGCUCCCACUUGAAAGCGCACAGAAGAACACACACAGGAGAAAAACCCUACAAAUGUACUUGGGAAGGAUGCACAUGGAAGUUUGCUCGGUCUGAUGAACUAACAAGACAUUUCCGAAAACACACUGGAAUCAAACCUUUCCAGUGCCCAGACUGUGACCGAAGCUUCUCCCGUUCUGACCACCUUGCCCUACAUAGGAAACGCCACAUGCUAGUUUGAAUGCCUCCGUCCCCUGCCUCAUCGUGGCUCCCUGUUCUCCCGGCUCUCUCUCUCUGUCCUCCUUCCCAUUAUCUAACUCAUUUUUUACAUGUACAUUUUAAUUUUGAUUCAGCUGGCCUGAAUCUCUGAAUUUAUAUCAUUCAAGCUUCCAUAUGGUCAGUAGUAGAUAUUCUCUAAUCCUCCUCUCCUUACCACGGGUCAGACCUAAAGAAUGUGAACACUUUUUUUUUUUUUUUUUUUUUUUUUUUUUCCGGGG